AUGGAGUGUGAUAAAACAGAAUCACCAACUCAUUACAAUGAAUUGAUGAGCAUUUAUGCAAAUUUUUGUGAUGUAUUAGACUCAUUAUAUCGACUCAAAACAAAAGAUGGAAACAAAUUAGCUGCAAUUUAUAAAGAUAUCAAAAUUCAUCUUAUCGAUUCAAACAAUUGUCCUCCAUAUAUUAUUAUAACAUUAUUGUCGUGCAUGACAUUGUAUAAUAACCGCUAUAUUAAGUCAUAUUUAACUCUUGCCAAACAAAUCUUUGAUGAAUAUCAUCCAAAGGAGAUGCAAAAUAUUUGUUAUGUUUUUAAUUAUCUUUUUUAUCAAGAAUAUGGAAUAAUACUUAACGAAAGUGACAAGAGAUAUUUCAAAGAAUGUGAAUCUCAAAAUUAUUCAGUAGAAAUUCAUAAAGAAAAUACAAUUUACAGGGCAAUUAUGGAUAAUGAUAAAGAAUUAUUAAUCUCUAUCAUCGGAAGGUGCGAAUUUGAUAAAGAUCAAAGACUAAUAUCCGAUCUUUAUCCAGAUUCAAUGGAUGGUUAUUCUUUUCUUGAAUUAUGCUGUUAUUAUGGUUCAGUUGAUUGUUUUAAGUUCUUUAUCACAAUGUUCCAUUCUGAAAUCACACAAAAAUGUCUCCGUUUAUCAUUUUUAGGCGGAAAUCAAGAGAUCUUAAGCGAGUGCUUGAAAUUUCAACAACCAGAUGACAUGUGCAUGAAAUAUGCAAUUUUUUCACAUAACAUUGAUUUUGUUUCAUUUUUAAUGAAUGAAUACAAUAUUGAAAUCAACUUAGAUACAUGCAUUCAGUGCCAAUAUCUUCAACCAUUAUUAGUAUAUUUAGAUCAAACUAAUGAUAUUAAUACAUGUUUUAUACGUUCUGGCUCAUUUUUUCUUCCAUCUGUUUGCAAAUAUUUUAUUUCACAUGGCGUAGAUAUAAAUGCUAAAAAUAAAUCUGGACGAACUUCACUUCAUUAUGCAGCAAUAAAUAACAGCAAAGAAACAGCAGAAGUUCUUAUUUCACAUGGUGCAGAUAUCAAUGCUAAAGGUGAAAUCGAAAAAACUCCACUUCAUUAUGCAGCAAUAAUUAACAGCAAAGAAACAGCAGAAGUUAUUAUUUCACAUGGUGCAGAUAUCAAUGCUAAAAAUGGAAUCGAAAAUACUCCACUUCAUAUUGCAGCAAUAAAGAACAGCAAAGAAACAGCAGAAGUUCUUAUUUCACAUGGUGCAGAUAUCAAUGCUAAAGGUGAAAUCGAAAAAACUCCACUUCAUUAUGCAGCAAUAAUUAACAACAAAGAAACAGCAGAAGUUCUUAUUUCACAGGUGCAGAUAUCAAUGCUAAAUGCUAUUUUGAACUAA